AUGACUCCCAGCCCGCCGAGCAAGGCUCAGGAUGCUGGGGGUCGAGGCUCUGCUAAGCGACCAUCCGAUGCCUCGUUUGCCAACAACAAGCGUCAAGCUUUAUCGAAUCGGACGAACCACGUUGCUCCGUCAGCUGUCAUCUCGCCAUCCCAAGAUCAGACACGUAAGAAGACCCGAGGAUCAAGCCAUACGCGGUCGGCCAAGAAGCGUCACGGUUCGGCAGCAGCUGCAGCGACGGCUGCAUGCACCAGAGUCACACGAUCGACGUCGCAGCAAGCGUCGCAAGCCGUCGCACGGAAGCAGCACACGGUCGUCGCCGUAUCUGCAUCACAAGGCGAGGCGCAGCGACCGUCGCAUGAACAUCAGCAUCAGCAUCAGCACCAGCACCAGUAUUUACAUCAGCAUCAUCAUCAGCAGCAGCAGCAGUUGUCGGAUCGUAGUCACUGUAACGGUGGAAGACUCCCUGAUCUCCGCGAUCUCCCUGGGCCAAUCGCGUUUCCCGCUUCCCAUUCUCGCGCUCGCGCGGUCGCCGCGCCAGGCGCAGCGGAGCUAGCAGGCGCUUCCGCAACCUCCGAAGGAGCCAUUGCUGGUCACUCCCAACCCCAAGAUGGCACAUGGCUCCGAUUUGAUGCGAAGUCAUCAUGCCCCGGAAUGCCCGCCGUGAAUGGCGGAGGGUUGCUACUCCCGGAGUUGCAUGCUGCGGGAUCCGCAGCAGCGGCGUUUGCGUUCGCGCAGCCCCAAGCGCAAGUGCAAGCGCAAGCGCAACCGCAGCACCGGCAUCCGUACGACCAUGCGCACGCGCCAGCGCGAGCGCCGGGGGGAGAGCACAUUCAUUGGCGCGCGCACGAGCAGGCGUACCUGGCGGAAGCUGCGCUGCUCUCUACUGAGGGCAGCAUCGGCGGAUCCGCGGAGAGGCACCAUGCGCGGUAUGGGGAUAUGGCGGAGCCGGCGGGGGAAAGCGCAGACGGCUUCGUGUCAGUUCCGGUGGUCUUUGCCCUCUCUCAUGAGCAUGGCUAUUGCCAUGGCCCGGCGCAUUUCACGGCGCAUAUUCCGCUGCAUAGCGGUGCGGCUGCAACGGACAGAUCGACCGGAUUCAGCGAUUCCUCUGUUCCAGUGGCGACGGCAGAAGCAGCGGCUGCGUCGACUGCGACGUUGGCGGCAGAAGCGGCGUUACACCACCCCGUUCCGUUUUCUGCCGUUCCUUCCGCCGCCAUUCCCGCGAGUGCCAACGCGGCUGUCCCGCCGACGACGACUCUUACGCUUCUCCUACCCAGCAGCAGCAGCGGUGGCGGCAGCGCGGGGAGCGUGGGUGGCGCGGGGGACGUAGUGGGAAGCGCGGCGCAGGCGCAGGCGCAAGCGAGCGCGGCGGCAAUGGAUUCGAUCAACCGGAAGACGGAGCGGGUGUUGUGUAUCUCCAGCGUCGAUCCCGGGAGAGAGGGGGAGCGCCAGGGCGACAUGGAAGGGGCCUUGACGGAGGGUCCGCGGGAGGGGACGUCCGGGGAAGCGCGGCUGGCGGAAGCGGCUCAUCCGUCGGUUUCCGCCAACAGCAGUCAGUGGGCGCAAGCGGUGCAGAUCCGUGGUGCGGACGUGCAGGCGGAGGCGGAGCAAGUAACGGGUGUUGGCGCUCCGGGCGCGGGCGCGGGGGUUGAUGCGGCGACGGUCAGGAAUAUUGAUUCGGCGCACGGGGAUCCGCAGAUGUGCACCAAGUAUGCCGCGGAGAUCUACGCGAACCUGAGAGAUGGCGAGCGGCGGCACCGACCGACAAUGGCGCUGGAGGAGGGGCGGGGGGGCGAGGUGAGCGCGGCGAUGCGGGGCAUUCUGAUGGACUGGCUGGUGGAGGUGGCGGAGGAGUACCGCCUCGUGCCCGACACGCUCUUCCUCACCGCCGCCUACAUUGACCGCUUCCUCUCCCACGCCACCGUCACCAAAAACCACCUGCAGCUCCUCGGCAUCGCCGCCAUGCUCAUCGCCUCCAAGUACGAGGAGAUAUACGCGCCGCAGGUGGACGAGUUCUGCUACAUCACGGACAACACGUACCGUCGCCACGAGGUGCUGCUCAUGGAGCGCCACGUCCUCAAAACCCUGCACUUCGACCUCUCCACGCCCACCGUCAAGAGCUUCCUCAGGCGCUUCAUCAAAGCCGCCCAAGCCUCCCUUCCGCCGAGUCCCCAGCACCACCUGGAGUUCCUGGGCAACUACUUUGCAGAGCUCACGCUCGUUGACUACCCCUGCCUGCGCUUCCUCCCCUCGCAAAUCGCUGCUGCAGCCGUCUUCCUUGCCAAGCUCACGCUCUACCGGGCCCUUCCACCCUGGGACGCGACACUGCAGCACUACACGGGGUAUACGCCCUCACAGCUCAAGGAGGCGGUGAUGGCGCUCUAUGACUUGCAGCGCAACGUCAAAGGCUGCACACUCCCUGCCAUUCGGGAGAAAUACCGCCAGCCUAAGUUCGAAGGCGUGGCUCUGCUGCCACCCCCAGCAGAAAUCCCCGACCAUCUUUUCCUGGACUCGUAG